AUCACGGCAGUGCUGCGAAACAUCGCGACCACCGGGCAUAGCACGACGCAGUACCGUAGCGGCAAGGCGUUUCGCAACCGAUUCAUCGCAUGUUUCGGCAUGUCGCAUGGCACCACAAGUGGCACCACGACGGCAGGACACCGUGCAUGCGGAUCCGUUUUUUGGCAUGGGGCAGGCAAACGGGAUAGGCAGUACUUUGCGGCAUGGCGUUGCGAAUCAUGAUUUCAAGUUCCGCUCAGACGGUUCAUGACAUUGGACAGCUAAACUCAAUGUCGAGCAAUAUCUUGUUCGUUUGCCCUCCUUCUCUUCUUGCUUCAUCUUCUGCUCCUCAUCCCUGCUCACUUUCUCUUUCCCUCCCUCCCACCCCUGUCUCGAGCAUGGCGGCGCAUGGCGUUGUACCUGGCGCGGGGCGACCGACUUAGUUAUUGAGCCAGCUGAAGUAAGCCAGCUGAAGUAAUGCACCGCGCGGCGCCGCUGACUCCACACGGGCAACCGGAUUCGCUUUUUGGCAGGUUUUGCCCUUCCCAUGUUUCUCCUGUUCCUCCUUUAUCCACCUCUCCCUCGGCAGGCCAGUGGCUCCACCAAGGCGCCCAGCUCGAGGCCUCCCGCGGAGAAGCCGCUGGUGGCCGAGGCGUCCGCGGCGAAGACGCCGGUGCCGAAGGCGUCCGUGCCGAAGGCGUCCGUGGCGAAGACGCCGGUGCCCAAGGUGCCCGUGUCGAAGGUGCCCGCGGUGAAGACGCCGGUGGCCAAGGUGCCCGUGUCGAAGGCGCCCGCGGCGAAGACGCCGGUGGCCAAGGUGCCCGUGGUCAAGGUGUCCAUCGCCAAGGUCCCCGUCGCCACGUCCAAGGACGCGGUGGCCAAGGUCCCCGUCGCAAAGGCCCCGGUGGCCAAGGUGGGGGUCAAGGUCGCGGUGGCCAAGGUGGCUGUCAAGGUCGCGGUGGCCAAGGCCCCUGUUGCCAAGGUGGCUGCCAAGGCCGCCGUGGCCAAGGAGUCACAGUCUGGGCGGCCUCCACGGCCACGGGCUGGGCUUGACUUCGACCAGAUGGCGGUGCAGGGCAAGCUGCAGGCCCUGAACAGCCAGGGCCCGUGGAAGGCCCCGCACCCCCUGGACGAGGCGGUGCUCGCCGCGCUGCUGAGGAUAGAUCCUGCCAGAGCCUUGGAAAUCCUAGACGAGGCUGAGGAGCAGGGCGAGUCGCUGGCAGACCCGUCCGCCUUCGCGCUCCAGGCCGCCUCGAGGGAGGAGCAGAUAGCGAAUCCUGAGGGAGAUGAGUAGACAGGUCCGCGCAGAGCGUAUGACAACUGCCCCGCGGUCUUGGC